AAAGUGUCAAUUUUGUGUUGUCAGCACUGCUGCUGCACACGAAGCUUCUUUUUGACAUUUCACAGCGCUGUCCACGGCAAUAAAAUAAUUGAUUUUUUGCGAAAACAAAUAAAAACAGUGCAAAAUGCGACCUUUAAUGCUGCAGGGGCAUGAGCGUUCUAUAACGCAAAUUAAGUUCAAUCGGGAAGGUGACUUGUUGUUUUCAUGCUCUAAAGAUCAAAAGCCAAACGUGUGGUAUUCACUAAACGGCGAACGUUUGGGCACUUAUGAUGGCCAUCAGGGUGCGGUUUGGUGUUUGGACGUUGAUUGGACAACAUCAAAGCUCAUUUCUGGCGCUGGUGAUAUGACCACGAAGAUCUGGGAUGUGGAAUACGGUGCUGUGAUUGCUUCGAUUCCUGCCAAGUCAUCUGUGCGUACCGCCAAUUUCAGUUAUUCCGGCAACCAAGCGGCGUAUUCCACAGAUAAAGCUAUGGGUCAAAAUUGCGAGCUAUUUAUUAUCGAUGUACGUACAGCAGACUCGAGCAUUGCGGAACAAAAUCCAAUUUUACGUUUACCAAUGCUUCCAUCGAAAAUCACUUCCAUGUUAUGGGGACCAUUGGAUGAAACCAUUAUCACAGGUCACGAUAAUGGACAGAUUUCUAUAUGGGACAUUCGCAAGGGUGGUCGCGAAAUCAAUUCGGUGAAUGAUCACACAGCUGGUAUAAAUGAUAUGCAAAUGAACAAAGAUGGCACAAUGUUUGUCACAGCUUCCAAGGAUACAUCAGCCAAGCUAUUUGAUUCCGAAUCGUUGAUGUGUCUUAAGACAUACAAAACGGAAAGGCCGGUAAACUCUGCUUCAAUUAGCCCUAUCAUGGAUCAUGUGGUAUUGGGUGGUGGUCAAGAUGCUAUGGAAGUGACCACGACAUCAACUAAAGCGGGCAAAUUUGAUUCACGUUUCUUCCACUUAAUUUACGAAGAAGAAUUUGCGCGUCUUAAGGGUCAUUUCGGUCCCAUUAACAGUUUGGCCUUCCAUCCGGAUGGCAAAAGUUACGCUUCAGGUGGAGAGGAUGGUCUCGUACGUGUGCAAAAUUUCGACAGUACAUAUUUUGAAAACAUCUUCGAGUAGAAACUUUUGCUUAUUGCAUAGUUUAUAUAUUAGUCCCCAAUAAUCUUUCUUUGUAACUUUAUUUGUGUGAAAUUAAAGGUGGUACGCAAAUAUGUUUGCGAAUAAAAUAAACUUCAAAAGAUAUGUGAGAACAAGAAGAAAAACUAA